AUGCAAAUCUAUUCCUGUUGGGCAGAUCUCUCGUUGGAGAACGUGCUUUUGGCGAACAAGAAGGGUGGACCAGUCUAUCUCAUUGACUACAGCAUGGCAACCACGAAGAGAUUUCAUACAGGACCGGCAUGUGGCAAAGCCUCGUAUAUCGCUCCGGAGAUGCACCUGGGUGACUAUGACGCCUUCCAGGCAGAUGUGUUUUCCUGUGGUGUCAUCCUCUAUGCCUUGUUUGCGAAGGACUACCCUUGGAUCUCUACGCGAGCUGGUGCUUGCAAGUGCUUUGAGUAUGUCCGCACACAUGGCUUCCUGAAGUUUAUGAGCAAACGACGCAUCAUUGUGGGCAAUGACAAGAAGCCCGUGCAGCAGGUGAUGUCGCCAUCAUUUACGCAGCUUCUGGAUGGUUUGCUUCGCUUCAAGCCAGAGGAUCGCUUGGUCCUUCUGGAAGCUCAACCAGGCACGACGAGCGAAGCGAAGAGCUUCGACGAGCUGAAUCGCCACCUCGACUCGCCGACGUGGACCGGAAAUCGGAUCAGGCCUGAGCAGUAG